CCAAAUGAGUCUCAGCCAACACACCAGACACACCAUCACACCACAUUUUUUAAUCUAACACACAACACUGACAUCAUCACCACACCACAUUUUACACCACGUUCUAACACCCACACAAUGAUACCACCCACUCAAGAGAGCAGCACACACCAAUGCGCAAACUAUACGCCAACCCAAAAGAACAAAAGGACAGACAACAUGAUCGGACAGCCUCUUGCGCUACGAUAUCGGUCCGAGACGCACGAAUCCCUUAGGCGAAUUUUCACGUUUUUGGCAGUCAUCCCGUUCGAAAUUGAAUUUACCUUUUGUAUUUUUUUUUAAUUCAAAAUUUGUAUGAACAUUAAUAUAAUAUAAUAAUUGUUAGAGUUAUUAUUAUUGAAAAAACAUAAGCGUGUGUUCGACCUUAAUUUGAAAUAUACAAUCAGACGGUAAGUGCGAGGAAGGUGGUGUAUAACGGAAACAUGGUCCUUCGAGCCUCACAGAAAGGCACUAUCGGAAAUUAACUUACAAAAAAGGAAAAACAUAUUCGAAACAGUGACUAAAACAUAAUUGAAUAAUAAUUAAAGUGUUGUGAAAAUACAAAAAUUAAUAUUUAAAAUACCAACCAAUAAAAUACGUUCAGUGCUGUGGGCCGUGACUUUACAUCUUGACAUAUUUAAAUACUCAUAUGUACGAAAAAGUAUGCACAAGUGCAAGAAAAUAAAUAUAUACAUAUACACAAAACAACAAAAGCAAUAAGUGAGAAAGUAAAAAGUGUCUGCAGAUUACAUAGUGUUUGUUAUACAAAAAUCACAAAAGAGAGAAUAUAUCUCACCUCAUAAAUACAAAACAAAAAAAAAAAGAAAUAAUAUAUAUAUAUAAACCAAACGGGCGCGAAUUCAAAUAAAAUAACAAAAACAAAAAAACAACACAUUUACAACAAAUUAUACGGGCGCGAUUUCUAACAACAAUCAAUAAGUAAAAAAAAAAAAAAAAAAAAACAAAUAAUACAAGGUGGAAUAAACAGCUGGCAUCCAAGAUUGGAUAACAACAAUCACGCUCAAACUCACACUCACAUCAGAAUAGUAUAACUAAAAAUCCUUGAAGAAAAUCAAAGUAAAUAUGGAUAGCGAUAUGCCCACUACACCAACGCCAGCCGUGCGGUCAACAAUCCACGUAACACGCACGGGGCCCACUCCAGCCCCUCGCAACCCUGCGACCAUAGCGCCACCAACCGCUGCCCGUGCAUCACGCACGAACCCGACGCCGGUACCAGCAGGUCCGCAGCGCACCCGAUGCCCCCUUUGUCGGCGCCCACAUCGGUUGCCACACUGCAGCAUAUUCAAGAAGAUGCUACCGCUGCUACGACAACAGGUCGCCCAGGCACAUGGCCACUGCCUGAAUUGCUUGGCGACUACCCACUCCACGCCGGAGUGUACUUCCAGCUAUGGGUGCCAAAUAUGCAUGCGGAUGCAUCACACCCUCCUACAUCGAGAUGGCGGACAACAACCCGCCCCCCAUGACCGUGGUACAAACCGACGCUCGCAGACGAACCAUGUUGCACGUAGGCAACCUCAGCAUUCUCGCAGUCGACGCCCACACUAUAGCCCAUUCACGCGCCGCCGUCCACACAGGUCGCCGUCUCGCCGGUCCACUGGGCUCAGCAAUGUGGUGGCCACUUUACAGCAGUUGCAACGACUACUAGGCUAAUUACUCGCCUAGGGGGGCCGGGAUGUCCAAAUGAGUCUCAGCCAACACACCAGACACACCAUCACACCACAUUUUUUAAUCUAACACACAACACUGACAUCAUCACCACACCACAUUUUACACCACGUUCUAACACCCACACAAUGAUACCACCCACUCAAGAGAGCAGCACACACCAAUGCGCAAACUAUACGCCAACCCAAAAGAACAAAAGGACAGACAACAUGAUCGGACAGCCUCUUGCGCUACGAUAUCGGUCCGAGACGCACGAAUCCCUUAGGCGAAUUUUCACGUUUUUGGCAGUCAUCCCGUUCGAAAUUGAAUUUACCUUUUGUAUUUUUUUUUAAUUCAAAAUUUGUAUGAACAUUAAUAUAAUAUAAUAAUUGUUAGAGUUAUUAUUAUUGAAAAAACAUAAGCGUGUGUUCGACCUUAAUUUGAAAUAUACAAUCAGACGGUAAGUGCGAGGAA